AUGCGAGCUAUAUUAGAUCCUCAGUUUUCUGAAUUCUUGUUAAGAGUUGGCGAAGGGUGUGAACUUGUGGACUUCAACGGUGAAAUAACUUUGCUUAGAGAUUUAGUCAUUCCUUAUUACGAUAAAGAAGAGUCCUUAAACAGGUUACUGCAAUCUGUAUUUUCAGAUUUAACUCUCUAUUCCCAGGAUCCAUAUAGAAUGAUUAAUAGAUGUAUUCUUACUCCUAAAAAUAGCUCGGUUGAUGAGCUGAAUGAUAUACUGAUUAGAAGGAUUCCUGGAGAGUUUCGCAUUUUCAUUAGUUCUGACAAAACUGUUGACCAGCGGCACCAGGGGGAUUAUGAGGAUUUUCUUAAUUCUCAAAAUCCAAAAGACCUUCCUCCUCACAGGUUAAUGUUAAAAGAAAACUGUCCGAUUAUACUGAUAAGGAAUCUAAAUCCUGUUGAAGGCCUAUGCAACAGCACAAGGCUUAUAUGUAGAGAGCUUGGUCGGCAUACUAUCUCCGCUGAAAUUGUCUUCGGCCAGCAUCGAGGAAAGAGACUUCUUAUUCCAAAAAUACCCUUACAAACUCCCGACAACCAAAAGAAUUCUGUUGCAUUUAUAAGAACUCAGUUUCUUGUUCGGCUCUGUUUUGCGCUGACCAUUAAUAAAUCUCAGGGACAAACUCUCGAUUACGUUGGCAUUUACUUGAGAGAAUCUGUCUUUUCUCAUGGACAGUUAUAUGUAGCCUUGUCCAGAGUUAGAACUUCAGCUGAGCUGAAAAUACUUAUUGUACCAUGA